UCGAUGCAGUCGCAUCCUGGUUUGAGUCGUUAUCUUGCUUCGAAGAGAUAAACCACAAUUUGAAUACGAGAAUAGAAACGACAUACACAUGUAUGAAUUUGACAUAUGAAAAAAUAAAUUGGACAUUUCUCCGUGAAGAUUGAGCGAUAAAUGUAAUAGAUAAAUGGCAAUCUCAUGAAGGGUGGGCAUAUCCCAUCAACAUCCCUUCACUGAAGCAUGGCUGAGCCUGAGCUCCUCCUGGACUCCAAUAUUCGUCUUUGGGUUGUGCUGCCUAUUGUGUUUAUUACUUUUCUGGUUGGAGUGAUCCGUCAUUAUGUCUCAAUUCUGUUACAAAGUGAUAAGAAGCUCACGUUAGAGCAGGUUUCAGACAGCCAGGUUCUCAUCAGGAGCAGGGUUUUACGGGAAAAUGGAAAAUACAUCCCCAAACAAUCUUUCUUGAUGAGAAAAUUCUACUUUAAUAAUCAAGAAGAUGGAUUUUUCAAGAAGACCAAAAGAAAGGUGGUCCCACCAUCUCCAAUGACUGAUCCCAGCAUGUUGACGGACAUGAUGAAAGGCAAUGUGACAAAUGUCCUGCCUAUGAUCCUUAUUGGUGGUUGGAUCAACUGGACCUUCUCUGGGUUUGUCACAACAAAGGUACCGUUUCCCCUCACACUCCGCUUCAAGCCGAUGCUGCAGCAGGGAAUUGAGUUGCUCUCUCUAGAUGCUUCCUGGGUCAGUUCAGCAUCUUGGUAUUUCCUGAAUGUCUUUGGUCUCAGGAGCAUGUAUUCUCUGAUUCUUGGACAAGACAAUGGUGCAGAUCAGUCUCGCAUCAUGCAGGAACAGAUGAGUGGUGCUGCAAUGGCAAUGCCUGCUGACACAAACAAAGCAUUCAAGGCGGAAUGGGAGGCUCUGGAGUUGACGGAUCAUCAGUGGUCCUUAGAGAAUAUCGAGGAGGAUCUGAUGAGUAAAGACUUGGAUUUUUUCGGGAUGUUCAGCAAAGAGUUGCCAACAGGCAUCUUCUAAAUGCCUGUCCACUACUGUGAGGUUUUGAAAGACCUCACGAAAUAUAAGAGUGAAUUGUCAGACUGGUUUUGGAAGUGGCAAAUAGCUUCCAUUCAGAAUUUUUCUUUUUCGAGAAAGUGUCAUAAACCUCAUUGCAGACAUAUCACAUUUUGUGUAAUAUGCAUGCACCAUUCCCUCCAUUGUUCCAUUUUGCUCAGACAUUAGUGUCAUUGUGUGACAUAGCUUUGAGCUCUAAGCUUUAUGGAUUAUCUCUUGCAACUGCAUUUAUACAGCACAACAAAAACAGUUCACCUAUAAUGUAGCAUGUUGUCUGGGUUUCUCGAAAAUAAUCUUCUUUUUUUUUAACACAAUCUAAUUAAUUUUUGUUGUUUUAAGAGCCCCGUUUUCUUAUUUUGCUAGGACCAUAUGAUUUAUUGGACCAAGUCGGCAAAAAGUAAUUUUUAAGAAAUAAAGACCAUAACAGACCCUAACUACGGUUCGGUUACCUAGAUAGUAGGUUCCUUAAUUUACUGUUGCCUUAGAGGCUUUGUUAUGGUGCCAGUACACCAUGCACCGAGUAUGUAGUGGGAAAAGACAUUUGGCAAAGUAUUUCAGUAGAUUUUCCUCAUGAGAGAUUAAUAUUUAUUGGCAUGUUUAAUAUACUUAUUUGAGUUUUAUUAAUGGCAUUUUUGGUUUAAAUAAAUGUUUCUCACUACA